GCCCGGCUCAGCCACCGUAACGACGCUUCUGCGCAUGUGCAGUAAGUCAGGGACGAAGGUGAAGAUGGCGGCGGCCAGGGCGGGGGUCCUGGGAGUACGAUGGCUGCAGAGGGCAGCCCGGAACAUGGUGCCGCUGGGUGCACGGACAGCCUCCCACAUCACCAAGGAUAUGCUCCCGGGGCCCUAUCCCAAGACCCCAGAAGAGCGGGCCGCCGCCGCCAAGAAGUAUAAUAUGCGAGUUGAAGACUACGAGCCGUACCCGGAUGAGGGCAUGGGGUAUGGAGACUACCCGAAACUCCCUGACCGCUCACAACAUGAGAGGGAUCCAUGGUAUGACUGGGACCACCCGGACCUGAGGUUGAACUGGGGUGAACCGCUCCACUGGAAUCUAGACAUGUACAUACGGAACCGUGUGGACACUUCACCCACACCUGUUUCUUGGGAUGUCAUGUGUAAGCAACUCCUCGGCUUCAUAGCGUUCAUGGUGUUCAUGUUCUGGGUUGGGGAGAUGUACCCCACCUACCAGCCAGUGGGGCCAAAGCAGUAUCCUUAUAACAAUCUGUACCUGGAACGAGGCGGCGAUCCCAACAAAGAGCCUGAGCCGGUGGUUCACUAUGAGAUCUGAGCAGGCUUCCUGGGCUCUUAUGCCCCCUACCUAGGACUCUCUGAUUCUUAGAGAUUAACCUUAAUGAAAUCUCUAAUAAAAGUUAGUGCUGUGGUGUCUGUGCUUCA